AUGGUGUUCAAUAUGGCGGUACGGACGCUGUGUAUUGGCUGCCUUUGUGUAGUAUUCUUCAGCUUUAAACCCACUCAAUGUGAGCCAUUUCAAGCGCCAAGUUAUACCAUUGACCUCGAUCUUGCUCCAGAAGAAAGAUGGCUCAAUAUUACCCAGAAAUACCUGAAAUACACUCCGAAGAUUUUAGCAAAUCUGCGAAAGAAGAUUCCACCGUUUGCAAUACCGCUUGCAGAAAAGCUUGCUGUUGUAAUUGAUAAACAUUUCCCCGAGGAGUAUAAUAAAGAGAUGAUGGGUAUAUCAAAGGGACUUAAUCUAAGCUUUUCAGACACAAUACUUCUCAACAUUUUAUACGACGUAACAGCUUUUUGCACGAGUAUCGUUGCACAAGACAAGGAUGGAAGUGUUUUUCAUGGAAGAAACCUGGAUUACUCUUUUACAGAUACGCUGCGGGAUAUAACUUUCAUAUCCAACUUUCAAAGCAAAGGUAAGGUGGUGUACACUGGUGUAACAUUUGCUGGCCAGGUUGGUCUUUUGACAGCACAGCGACCGAACAGUCUCACAAUCAGUCUGGAUGAGAGGGACCGUGGCCACAUAUGGGAUAAUGUCUUUGAAGCUAUCUUUAAUAAAAAUGCAAUUCCUGUUACAUUUCUGAUUCGAGAUGUGGUCAGCACAGAAGGAAUGGACUUUUCUCAAGCUGUGAAGAAAGUAUCUCAAGUGUCCUUGAUAGCAGCUAGCUAUCUUAUUUUAGGAGGAGUUAAAGUUGGGGAAGGUGCUGUGGUAACACGAGGCAGAGAAAAAACAGCUGACAUCUGGAGGCUGAGUCAAGAUGCAGCAAAGGAACCGUGGUACCUUGUAGAGACCAAUUAUGACCAUUGGACCACACCCCCUCCAUCAGAUGAUCGCCGCGACCCGGCUGAGAAGGCAUUGAAAAAGUUGACUCAGGCAAAACUCACCCCUGAUGCACUGUUCAAUGUCAUGUCCAUCCAUCCUGUACUGAAUAAUGAGACUGUCUACACAACUAUCAUGCAGGCAAAAAAUGCUGAUCUAUUCAAUACUUGGAUUCAGACGCCAUAAGAUAACAAUCUUGUAUUCCUUAGUGAGCCACUUAUUUUCUUGGAGAUAAUUCAAGCUUAACCCUUUACUGUUGAUCCUAACAUCGGUAUGCAUAUUCUCGAUACUGUUCUCUAUACAUUUCUACAUUACCUAUAAGGAGAGUUUGUUUGAAAAUCAAGAGCAUCUUUUGUUGGUGAUCAUCUCCUUCAUUCUCAUGACCUUAAUGUUUGAUUCACAGGUGAUAUUGUAAGGAAAAAUUAGAUGCCAGUCACUCUUAGGGAUUAAAGGAUUAACCCUUAAGCUCCCAUGAGUGAUGACCAAAACAGAAUUUCUCCUUACAAUAUCAAUACAAUUGUGAAUUGUUAGUUGAUCAAACACCAAAUUAUCUGAA